UCCCGUGAAUGCGUUCUCGCCUACCUUCUCCGAUCCAUGGCAGGAGAGCGCGUACCUGAGAAGAUAACGUCGUCCAAGAUCUUAGCAGAGACCACCGCGACUCUAUCUCUCGAGGUGACCAACUACCUGCAGCUCACGGGCAUGGGCGUCAGCAAAUUCGUUUCUUCCCCGGCCUUCAGAAUCGGCGGCUAUGACUGGCGCAUCGACUUCUUUCUGGACGGAGAAAACGAGGACUGUGCCGGCAACGCCUCAGCGUUCCUGACCUAUCUUAGCCAAGACGUGGACGUGAGCACCAAGUUCAGGAUGAGAAUGCUGGAGAAGAAGGGCCGGUCACCGCCGGUAGCAAGCUUCGACGUGUCGAAGCGCGUCUUCUCUUCGGGGCCAUACAAGGACGAUAGCUGGGGCCACUACAAAUUCGUGGACAAGGCCAAGCUGGAAUCGCUGUCGCAGCUCGGGGACGGCUGCUUCACGGUACUGUGCGACGUGACCGUCACACACGAUUCGCUGCCGGUGGAGCUGCCUUUCCACCUCGGACGCGUGCUCAGAGACGGGAGAGGCACGGACGUUACGUUCCACGUGGGCCGUCGGAAGUUCCACGCUCACAGUCCCGUCCUCGCCGCACGGCCGCCCGUCUUCGAAGCUCAGCUCUAUGGCCCCAUGGCGGACAAGGACAUGGGGCGCGUCAAGAUCGUCGGCGUGAAGCCUUUCAUCUUUGAGACGAUGCUUCACUACAUCUACACGGACUUCCUACCGCCAUGCCCCGAUGAAGGAGGCUAUAGCGCCGCGGCCAUGCAACAUUUACUGGUCGCGGCUGAUAGGUACGGGCUUGACAGACUGAAACUUAUGUGCGAGGAAGAGUUGUGCAAAAGAAUCGAUGCGGAGACCAUCGCAACCAUGUCGAUGCUGGCAGAUCAGCACCACUGCAAGAGGCUCAAGGAUGCAUGCCUAGAGUUGUUUCCGGCUGCCGCACGUGGGCGUCCUCGAGGUAAACGUGUCAAGUCAACCACACCCAUCGUCAGCAACAAGCUCCGUCGUGGUCUAAGAAGUGACACCAAGCUCCGUCGUGUUCUUAGAAGUGACAAGGAAGGAUAUGUUGAGAUGGCGCUCCCAUGAACCUCUUCUAGCUAGGCGUAAGAAAUCCGAUGUGCUCACGGCGAGUGCAAUUGUUUCAGCGGAGCUCACGGAGGGAGGAGCAUCCUCUUCGCCAACCCCUUAGUGCUCGUGUCUUUUCUCAGUCUGUCGUUUCAGUUCAGGGUAUGGCGUCGUCGUCGGUCAUAGAUCUGUUUUGAAGAACGUUUCCCUGUUGGUCUGAAUGUCAAUUUCAAAUGGCCUGCGCCUAGAAAUAAGAUUGAAGAAAGUGCCCUCUCGGUCGUGUGUUUGCAAUAGACUAGGAAAAGUGUUUUGAUUGCUCGUUAAUUUGCAAAUUUGUAUUCGUUUGAUCAU